AUGAGUCGUGCUUGUGAAGUGUGUAAAGCACCAUCUACAGAAAAGCACUUUGGUGUCCGAACGUGUCGACCUUGUAAGAUAAUUCUUAAACUUCAAUAAUUAUUGUUCAGUUCUCUAUAAUAACAAAGUGCAUAUAUCAUAUGUCAUUUAGAAGCUGCUAGAAAGCAUGAAUUUAAAAUUUUUUAAAAUUGAAUUAUGAAAAAAAUUAAUUAUAGGCGCAGCCUUCUUCAGACGUUCGUGUAUCCAAGAACGAAAGUACACGUGUAAUUUGAAUGGAAAUUGUAAUGUUAAUCAAUGUGAGUUUUUAAGUCUGUCUACAAACUGUCGUUACUAUGAGAAUUUUCAAAACUUUUUUGAAAGCCAUAGUUAACCAAACUAUUAUAUUAUUAUUAAUUAUACUUUAUUAUAUUUUUCAGCCGUUCGAAUCCUAUGCCCAGCUUGUCGAUUUCAACGCUGUAAAGACGUCGGUAUGCUGCAGGAUAGUAAGUUUCUUCAGCGUAGAGAAGGUUAGAGUAGGAUGAGGUAGAGUAGAACAAGAUGGAAUCGUAAUAGCAAUAGUAGGUUAGGAUAAGCGUAGAGUAGGUAUAAAUGGUUCAGGUAAGAAGAGUAGGGUAGGAUAGGGUAAGAUGAAAGCCCAGUAAGGCGAGAAUGAGCUACAGUAAGAGUACAAUACAGAAGAUGCAGUAAAGUCACUUAGUACACAAGAGGGUAGAGCUAGGUAGGGUCAAGUGGGAAGACUAGGGUAAAGUAGGGUAAAAUGAGGCUAGGUAGGGUCAGAAGGAAAGGGUACGGUAGAGUAACGUCAGGGCCGAGAAAUGAAAAACUAAAGCACGGAGGCAGGGAAAGGCAAGGCAAGGCAAAGCAAGGCAAUCAAAGUCAAGUCAAUUCAAGGCCAAGCCAAGGCAAGGCAGAAUUCAGCUUAUAAGCCUAAAACUUAAAGUUUUCAGAAAUCCGAACCAACUUCGACAAGACCGGUCCAAAAAAGCGUCUCCUAAAACAAGAAUACCAAGAGCCUUCUACCUCAACAGAGCCUACAUUACUAGAGAAAUGGACCAAAUCUUAUCAACGGUUUCUAGAAGACACCAAGAACUGGUACUACUCGGUGCAUCCAGACGAGAUCUUCAACAAUAAUGUCAGUUUCAGUAAGGGAACGUUGUUGGAGUUCUGUAACGUGGAACGUUGUCAUCAGGUCUAUGUGUUUCGGAUGCUUGAGGGUCAAUUUGAUGAAUUGCCUUGUUUAGGCAAACAGGACAGGGUAUGGUAAUUUUUUUGUGAAUUAUUUUGUAUUUUAGGUAGAUCCAUUAAUUUUUUCGUUUUUUAAACAAAAAUUUAUUUUUUUAUAAUUUUUUAGUUAUAUUAGCUUGUUCAAAAAUUCCGAGCCACUAAUCGGGCGAAUUUGCUAUACGAAGUAGCUCAAACUUAAUUGAACAACCUAAUACUUGAUGAAAAUCCGUUAAUUCUUUCGCUUUUUGAGCCAAAAUUACAUUUUUUUGAAAUUAUUGGCUUGUUCAAAUAAUCCUGGGCCCCCGAAAACUUGCUUUGAAAGGUAGCUCAAACUUAAUUGAACAACUUACUACCCAUUUUUUGAAAAUCCAUUAAUUCUUUCGUUUUUAGAUAAAAAUCUUCAACGACGUGCUAAGCCAAUUCACCAGCCUAAGCGAGUUUUAUUUGAACCGCCUCUACUUCCCAAAUGACCGACGAAAACUUUUCUUACACUGGGGAUCCUACCUUGAUCUAGACGAUCUGGAGUUCUUCUAUUCUAAAGAGUACAUCGCUACUACUGCACAGUAAGUUUGUCACAGGAUUAGCACAUCUCUACGAUUCAUACACUACCCUACCCUACCUACCAUAUCCUACCCUACCCUACCUACCAUAUCCUACCCUACCCUACCCUAUCCUACUCGACUCUAUCCUGCCCUGUCUUGCCUUGCACCGCUCUGCCCUGCCUUGCCACCCGACAACACCCUUCCCAACCUAUAUAUACCUGCCCUGUCCGAUUCGAUCUUACUCUAUCCUUUGCUGUUCUACCCUAACCUACCCUUAUUUGCCUACCAACCCUUUUAUACCGUGUCUUACAGUACACUUAAAACAUUUUUACUCAAGCACUAUUGUACUCUCGCGUACAGUAUAACAUAUGCUAUACCGUAACAAGUUUCUUUUAUUCGAUUUUUCACAUAAUUCUGUGCUCUCAUCAAAUUUUCGGGGUUACAGGGCAAAGAAUUAUCUGAACAACCUGGCUGUUACCCUAAUCCUAGCUCAUAAUCACGCUCACAAUCCACCCUGCCUGUCUGAUUCACCUUCACCACCCCCUCCUGCUAACGCUCCCUUUGGUUUCAAUCUCACGCUUUUUACUAACCCAACCCAUCCAAGACUGGAUAUAAUUGUUGUAGAGGGAUCAAUUUCAGAUUGCUCAAGACCUACAGGACCAAGCUCUUCAAAUUGGCCAACAAAAUGAGAGAUAUAGCCAUAGACGAGGUGGAGAUAGCUGCUUUGACUGGACUAGUCUUUUAUAGGGAAGGUGAGACAAAUUUGAAUAUUGAAAGUUUGAAAAUGGCUUUAAAAUACGAAAUAAUUAAUGGAUUUACAAUAAAAACUUUUUAUUUGAUUUUGCGGUCAAAAAGUUUUUAGAAUUAAGCAUUAUGAGUGAGCUUGGUCCCCCCUGUGGAUAUUUCUAUGAACUUUUUGACCAAAAAUUUUUUUUUGAAAAAAUAGGUUUUUUGGAACUUGAAAUGCCAUUUUUAAACUAAUACACCUUUAUAAAAAGGGCACUUUAGCUUACUGUAACUAUAAACAAUGUCAUUUCAACUUACAACAACUAUAAAUACAUAAUGCCAUUUUUAACCCAAUACACUUAUAAAAAAUGUAAUUUUAACUCCCUAUAGCUAUAAAUAAUGCCACUUUUAACCCAAUGUACCUUUAAAAACUGUGAUUCCAAUCCACUAUACCUAUAAAAAAUCUCAUUUCAGUCCACUGCCACCUAGAAUGCCAAGACGCAGUAGCCGACCCGACCGAAGCCCUGAUUAUCAACCUGACAGAUUACUGUAACACAAAAAUGUGUCGACAAAAAGCGCUAAUCCGAGUGGGCAUGUUACUGAACUACUUGAGAGAUCUACACGAAUCAGUUUUGAUCUUGCGUGAAGCUGAAGUCAUCGUCAUGAUGACCAACAACUUCAUUCGAAGUACGACGGCACAGCCAACGAUUCAAGAGAACAUUGAGGUCAAAGUUGAGACGUCUGAGUUCACUGAAUUGUAA